UAUUUUAAUUAACUUUACUAUUAACUAUGUUACCGUUUAUCAUUUAAUCAGAUGAUGUAAACCACGUGACUAACUGAUCACGUUCUUGUUUCAUAAUGUAACCCGCAAGUUCACUGUCCGAUGUCGUAUAUACAGGAAUCAUUGUAUAAUAUAGAGUGUACACUGUGGUAUCGACUAUCAAUUUUCAGUUGCCAUUACUGAUCAAACAUAGAACACGUCUCCCCCCUUCAAUUGACUUGACAAUAAACUUUCUCCCAAUCUAAUCUAUUCUAAUCCUUAACCAUGCCAGUGGAAGAAACUGAUACUCAAGUCAUUGUCACUUUACCUUCUGAUCCAACUACUAAAGUUACCAUUUUAAAAUAUGGUGGUACUGUUAUUUCUUGGUUAAAUAAAGGUAAUGAACAAUUAUGGGUUAGUGAAGGAGCAUUUUUAGAUGGUUCUAAACCAGUUAGAGGAGGUAUUCCAUUGGUUUUCCCUAUCUUUGGUAAACAAAAAGAUGAAUCUCAUCCCACUUAUCCUUUACCUCAACAUGGAUUUGUUAGAAAUUCAACUUGGGAAUUUUUAGGUCAAACUACUGCUAAUCCUCCUACUGUUCAAUUUGGUUUAGGACCUGAACAAAUUAAUUCAGAUUUAUUAAAAUUAUGGGAUAAUGGUUCAAAUGAUUUUACUUUAAUCUUAACUGUUAAAUUAGAAGCUGAAAAAUUAACAACUGAAAUUGAAGUUGAAAAUACAGGUUCAAAGAAAUUCGAAUUUAAUUGGUUAUUCCAUACUUAUUUUAAAAUCCCUGAUAUUACCGAUACUUUAAUCAAUAAUUUAAUUGAUCAAAAAUGUUAUGAUCAAUUAUUAAAAGAACAUUAUACUGAAAAAUCUCCUAUUAUCAGUUUUCAUGAAGAAUUUGAUCGUAUUUAUCAAUCAAUCCCAUUGGAUAAAAUCUUUCAAAUCAUUGAAUUCGGUAAAGUCCUCAUUAACGUUCGUAGAUUGAAUUUACCUGAUGCAGUAGUUUGGAAUCCUUGGAUUAAAAAAUCAGAAGCUACAGCUGAUUUUUUCCCAAAAACAGGUUAUCUUAAUAUGGUUUGUGUUGAACCUGGUAAUGUUUCUUCAUUUAUAAAUUUAAAUGCUGGUGAAAAAUGGAAAGGUGGUCAAGAAUUAAGUAUUGGUGGUGAAAUUAAAGUUCAAACUAACAUUUAUUAAAUCGAAACAUUUUCUGUUUUCUCUAUAUAAAUCUAUAUAAACAAAUAUAAACUUUUUAAUCCAUAUUCUUUAAUGAAAUUGUUGUUUAAAUCGAGCAAAUUUACUUAGGGACUUUUGUGAUGAAUUAAUAUUAGUUUUAUUAUCAGGUAAGGAUUUUUGCGAUGAUGAUAUAGUUGGUUUAUUAUAUAAUGAAAAUGGUUGGGGAAUCGUUACUUUCAGAUUUGGAUUAAUUUUAUAAUGUGAUGGUUCAUUAAUUUUGCUAGAUUUCGAUAAGAUUUUAUCAUGAG